UCUGGGAUUAUAGCCUGAGGAAGAAGAAUUAGUGAGUGACACGUGUCGCAUAACCUCUUUCCCCUCCGAGCGCUCCCAGCAGAAAGAUAAAUAAACACGCCCGCCCUCAGCUUCCAUGGCUAAUUGAAGCCCUUCCUUCCCCUUCGCUCAGCCACACACGGUGAAGAACAUGGAAUGGACUACGGUCGGGACCAGCACCAGCUCCCCUGAUCCCUGCGGGAAGACCCAGGUCAGCAGGCUGGAGAACCGGUGUGUCUAGGAGGUAAGCCUGGAGCUGAGGAGCAGCGACUGCCUGUGCUUCAGUUCCUCUGCCCCCCCCCCCCCCACUGGAAGUUAGGGUCCAUGUCCAGUGAGCAACAACAGCCGGAGGAACCGGGAGGAGGGCUAGCUGGAGAGCGAUGCACUGCAACGCAGGAGGAAUGAACAACAUGGCACCGGCCAACAUGGUGCCUCCCUCUCCGGGGCUGAACCGCACCCCGCCGUCGCCCUGCCUGUCCCCCGUCAGGACCACCUUCCAGGCCCUGUCUCCCUCCAGCUUGUCCCCCUCCCUGAGCAAGAGGUCGUCUCCCCAGGGGAAGCAGGUCCCCACCGGUAGCCCCCUGAGCCACCCCACGGGGUCCAUCAUGACCUCCCCAAAGCUGUGGCAGAAACACUCCAUCUCCAGGCUGGCCGAGGAAUUCUUCUGGAUAGGGGGUAGCGUGGUGGUACAGCCCAAAUGGAGACUGGGACAGAUGGUUGAGAGGUGCAUGUGCACCAUGCAGAGUGGCAGUCAGAUGAUCAAACUGAAGGGCAAGAAGAAAGGCCUGAACCGCUUCUUCUAUCUGGACGAGCACAGGUCCUGCAUACGCUGGCGUCCGUCACGCAAGCACGACAAGGCCAAGAUAACUAUUGACUCCAUCCAUGAGGUGUGCGAGGGCAAGAAGUCUGAGAUCUUCCAGCACUACGCAGACAACCGCUUCGACCCAAACUGCUGCUUCAGUAUUUACUACGGCGAACGAGUCAAGUCCCUCGACCUUGUCUCGACCAAUGGGGAGGAUGCUCGCACCUGGAUAACCGGCCUCAAGUACCUCAUGGCUGGCAUCAGCGAUGAAGACUGCCUGGCCAGAAGGCAGCGCACCCGCGAUCAGUGGCUCCAGCAGACCUUUUCAGAGGCAGACAAGAAUGGGGACGGCACUCUGAGCAUCGGAGAGGUUCACCAGCUCCUCCACAAACUCAACGUCAACCUGCCCAGGCAGAAGGUCCGAGAGAUGUUUAAGAUGGCGGACACUGAUGAGAACCAGGGCUCGCUCGGCUUCGAGGAGUUCUGCUCCUUCUACAAGAUGAUAUCAACACGCCGGGACCUCUACCUCAUCAUGAUCUCCUACAGCAACCACAAAGAAGUCCUGGACCUCAACGACCUGGCCCGCUUCCUGGAGAUCGAACAGAAGAUGGUGGGCCUCCCCAGAGAGCAUCUGCUGGAGAUCGUGGCCCAUUUUGAACCUUGUCCUGAGAACCUGCAGCACAUGGUACUGGGUAUAGAUGGGUUCACCAAUUACAUGAGGAGUCCAGCAGGAGACAUCUUCAACCCAGAGCACCACACGGUGAACCAGGACAUGACCCAGCCCCUGUGCAACUACUACAUCUCCACGUCCCACAACACCUACCUGACAGGAGACCAGCUUCUGUCCCAGUCCAGGGUGGACAUGUACGCCUACGUCCUCCAGGCUGGCUGUCGCUGUGUGGAGGUGGACUGCUGGGACGGCCCGGACGGGGAACCCAUCAUACACCACGGGUACACCUUGACAUCCAAGAUCCUCUUCAAAGACGUCAUCGAAACGAUCAACAAAUACGCUUUCAUCAAGUCACAGUACCCAGUGAUCCUGUCCAUAGAGAAUCAUUGCACCGUGCCACAGCAGAAAAAGAUGGCUCAGUAUCUGAUGGAGGUGCUGCAGGACAAGGUGGAUCUGUCCCACAUCAACAUGAAUGAAUGCAGGAAGCUGCCCUCCCCUGAGAUCCUAAAGGGGAAGGUUUUAGUCAAGGGAAAGAAGCUGCCGGCAAACCUCGACCCUGAGGUGGAGGAAGGAGACGUUUCAGAUGAAGACACUGGGGACGACGAGGAAGAGGAUGAUGAGGAUGAUGACACACAGAAAAACCCAAAUGAAAAUGGCCCAGCCGCUGGAAUUCAACCAAAGAGGAAGAAACAAUUUUGCAGAUCCAUCUUGAGGAGCUUCAAACGUAAGAGGAAAAAGUCCAUGAAAGGGAAAAGGCGAACGUCAUCCGUUGGAGAAACCCACCCUGGAAUCCACAGCCAAAACGAAGACACUCGAAUUGUUUACCACCCAAAGAAAAGGAAAACCAUGAGAUUGUCGCGAGCUCUGUCUGACCUGGUCAAGUACACCAAGUCUGUGCGUGUUCAUGAUAUUGAGACACAAGCCUACCUGACCAGUUGGCAGGUAUCGUCCCUCAACGAGACCGUUAUGAACCAGAUCUUACAGCUGAUGCCGGGACAGUUGGUGCGUUUUAACCAGCGUCAACUGUUGCGAGUCUAUCCAUCCAACUACAGAGUGGACUCUAGCAACUUCAACCCACAGCCCUUCUGGAACGCUGGAUGCCACAUGGUUGCAAUGAAUUACCAAACAGAGGGCCGUAUGCUUGAAUUGAAUCAAGCCAAGUUCUCAAUUAAUGGCAACUGUGGAUAUAUUCUGAAGCCUAAAUGCAUGUGUAAAGGUGCCUUUAAUCCCGUUUUGGAAGACCCCCUACCCGGACAGAGAAAGGCUCAGCUAGUUGUGAAGAUCAUCAGCGGCCAGCAGCUUCCCAAACCCAAAGACUCUGUGUUUGGAGACAGAGGAGAAAUCAUCGAUCCAUUUGUGGAAGUUGAAAUUAUCGGCCUACCUGUUGACUGUUCCAAAGAGCAGACCAGAGUGGUGGACGAUAACGGUUUCAACCCCAUGUGGGAGGAAACUGUUGUCUUCAAUAUUCAGAUGCCGCAAAUUGCCCUGGUGCGUUUCCAGGUGUGGGAUCAUGAUCCAAUUGGAAGAAAUUUCAUUGGACAGAGGACAAUAGCUUUCACUAGCAUGAUGCCAGGUUAUCGGCAUGUGUAUCUGGAGGGUGUGAAGGAGGCCUCCAUUUUUGUCCAUGUUGCUAUCAAUGAUAUAACAGGAAAGGUCAAGUCAAAUGCAGUAAAGGCAGCCAAGAAACAUUUGCAAAAAGCAGCCAAGAAACACAUCAAGGGCCAUCAAAAGCAGCAGUCUGUGGACGUCCCGGUGAUGUGGUCCGACGACGUACAUCCACACCACUUCCGCAAGGACGUGGACUCCCUUUCCCAGGACAGCCGGCAGGCGGACAUGUUUCCUGGUCGGUUGGGGCCGGCAGCCAAAGCCGCCAUUCACAAGGGGGCCGCGAGCGAGCCUGUGAAGCGUGCUCACAGAGCUCAGAUCCAGGAGCCCCCGGAGGCCAGCAGAGGGAUCUUCAGUCGGACAUCCUCCACCGUCUCCAGCUCGGGGUCGACCGUGGUGGAAUUGAGACGGGACGACUCCGAUCACAAAAUCCUCCCGCAGAGAGUCCUUCCCGAUCAUCCUGACCUCGUUACCCAGGGUCCACUGCAAGCGGCAGAAGAACCGCUUGAUCCAUCGAAUGAAAUCUGGGUUCCACUCGAACGACCACCGGUUGAGCCGCCUGCGCUAAAGGGGUUCGGUGAGGGACUGGAGCCAGGCAGCAACAUCGCCCUUGAACCCCAGUUGGCUGCAGAGACCCAGUCGGCUGGGGGGUUCCCCCAGCGCGGAGAGCAUCCUCUCCCCUUCAACCCCUUUGUCGCCCUUGCUUCUCCACUACCCCCACCCGUCCCCCCACCGUCCCCUGCCAGGGAAAGACGGACCUUGGAGCGCCCUCCAAAGCAACGACCGCCCUCGCCAAUACAAACCAAGGGCCGCUCGCAGAGCUGCCCACGGAGGCGGAUUAAUGUUCCGCAGACACCGGCGGUAAACCGCAAACCUGCCGUCCACUGGCAGAAGCCUCCUGAGGGGGAGCGCGGCAGCCACAGUGACCAGGUGAAGCCUGUACAGAACGGACUCUGCCUGUCUGGCAGCGCAUCCAGCAGUGAUGCAAGCAUAGACAGCCUGGAGCUCAUGCCUUCCUGCGUGCCAGCUGGCAGAGACCAGCGUGGAGGCACCUUGCAGAGAGAGAUGAAUGCCCUCUUUGACCAGAAGAUAAGAGAGAUCCGCUGCAAAUCUCCCAUAUUUUUCAAUGAUGAGUUGUGACAUUCAGUCAUAGGAUGUGCACAAUGGCGUCUGUAUAUACAAUAUACAUUGUUAUUUCCCAGUGUAUAACAUCCACAAAAGAAAUCAUUUUUUUCAUUUUCUGUUAUUAAUUAGACAGUUCCACAUUUCAUAAUACUGACUACAGUCAUCAAAGAUCAUUACGCUUUCAAGGGGAAUACAAUGCAAUGAUAAAAGAUAAAAGAAAAUAGCUUUUUUUGCAUUGCUUAACAAGCUAAGCAUUGUUGCAUACAGACUGAGUACAACUUUAAUGUUUAGUUUAGCAAAGGAUACGGGAUUAAAUAAUUAGUCUUGCUUCAUUAUGGUUAAAACUAUUAUCAAUUGAAGUUCUAUUUUAUAUACCUUAUGAUGAGGCAGCAUAUUUUGUAUGUUUGUAUAUAACAUUUAUGAGAUGCUAUUGCCAACUGUACAAAGCCACCAUAUAGAUAAAAUGCAUAGUGCAUGGGCAUACAUUUCUAUUGAAAGGUUUAGAAUGUAGUUAUAGGUAUACUUUUUAAUUUAUCAAGAAUGUCUGAGGUGUACAUUCAAUUCAGCAUAUUUUUCUAACAAUAUAUUGAUAUAAUGAUAUAUGUGAAAGUGCUUAUUCAGCAAAGCUGAUGCUUAAGAAUUAAUAAACGUUAUAUAUAACAUG